AUGACCACUACUGUACAUCAACAACCCACUUAUAAUGAAAAUAUCACUUCAACUUUGCCUCCAGGUAGCUUGCCGUGUGUUCCUGGUCCACAACAGACUAUUGAAAAUACUACUUUUCCGCUUAAUUCGUUUAACAUGAAUAGUAUUAUUCAAGCUGGAAUUCUCAGUAUUGACAUCCCAAGGUAUAAAAUUAUCGUCACACCUAUUCCACUUAAUCCGUUUCACAAUCAAUCUGGGAUUCGUAGUUUUGAUAUCCCAUGGUAUAAAAUUAUCGUCACACCUAUUCCACUUAAUCUGUUCCCCCAUCAAUCAGGGGUUCUUAGUUUUGAUAUCCCAGGGCAUAAAAUUAUCGUCACACCUUUUCCACUUAAUCCGUUUCAACCUGGAAUGUUUUACUUUGAUACCCCUGGGUAUAAAGUUAUCUUCAUGCCAACUCCUUCUCAACAGGAAGAUACUUAUUUGAAUAACACCCAAUUUACUCAAUUUCAACAAUAA